AUGAAAGAAACAGCGAAGAGUUUGAGAAAGCCAUCGCAAAAUGAAGGGAAAAGUUCAUCAAUUAGACAGUCUAUCCAAAAAUUUCACUAUCUAUCUAACACCUUUCCCAUUCCAGCGGAGAGUUAUGAUCAAUCAGAAACGCCCGAUAUUUUUGUUAUUAAGAGCGUCUCUAGUCACCUUGAUACAAUCACAAAAAUGAAUGGUUUAAUGAGGAAUACUCCUGAACGUACAUGGACAGCUCAUGUAUUAGCUUAUCUUUUUUUUGUCACAUUUUGUUUUAUUGAUUCGUUGCAGUAUUUCUCAUGUGAACGAGAUAUUUCUACCAUGAUCGAUGCUCAAAAUAAUGGGUAUAAAGCUGAUGGUGUCUUGGAGCUUUUUGAGCGACCAAGGCAAAUUCCUUUAUUUUUGCUUGAGGUGUCGGAAGGUCCCAAUAAUCCAGACCCAGAUAAAAUUAGUGGAGAUAGAAAAAAGUUGAUGAACGAGGGUGUUUUUGCUCUUAAUAAGUUUAUGAUGAGCACCGAGUUACCGGAAUUUAAAGUGUGUGAAACGUUGGGUGUCUUCCUGGCUCAGGGAUUUGCCGAUAAAGUUGAGAUUGGACAAAUAAUAUUCAUUGGGCCCGGCUUGUACUUUUUUUCGCC